GUGUGUGUGUGUCUCGUGAGCUGUGGUUGACAGCAGCCUCUUUGUAUAUUAAAAAAAAAAAAAAAAAGUAACAUUUUGGUUUGUAAGACGUCUGUCUAUUGUAUUUGAAUGAAUCCGUCCACAUGCAUGCGUUGCAGGACACAACCGGAGGAGGAAGGAACCCGAUGUCAGUCGCUAUGGAUCAUGACAGGAACACGCUUGCUCCAUCUGUGGAUGUCAGGAUCCGAGCACCCGCCCACGAGCCCACACUGAACGGCGGCGCUCACUCGCGCAACGAGAGCACCGACAGCGGCCUUAGCGUCAGCAGCCUGCCGCGCUCGUCCGACCUGGCGCUCGCCUCUGCGGAUCACAUGGACACUGGUGAGUGCGGCGAGUCGUCGACUUUACAAGACUCGAUGCCUGCCAUGAGCGAGAGCGAGGAGCUGAUGCCCUGCAUCCCGGAGGGUCUGAGUUCAGACCUCCUGAUGGACAUGGAGACGGUUCUGUCCGGCUCACACAUGGACAGGGACAGCCUGCUCACCUGGCUAUAAAGACGCCAUUUUGUGUCUUCUUCCAAGAACACUUUGUGUGGAUUGUUGACACUAACACGAGAAAGACUUCAAUUUGCCCACACGUGACGAACGCCCAGCGCUACCUUCCCUGGUGCCCUUGAAA